AACAUUGUCAAUUCGCGUGUGUUUGUGGGUAAAACAAAGCUACAAAAAAUGACCGGACGGCUUCCAGCUUGUGUGAUCGAUGUAGGAACUGGCUACACAAAACUCGGCUUUGCGGCAAACAAGGAACCACAAUUUAUCAUCCCUUCCGCUAUCGCGAUCAAAGAGUCGGCCAAAGUGGGCGAUCAGAGUGCUCGCCGCGUUACCAAGGGAGUGGAAGACUUGGACUUUUACAUAGGCGAUGAAGCGUUCGAUGCGACCGGAUACUCGGUGAAGUACCCGGUCCGCCAUGGGUUGGUCGAAGACUGGGACCUGAUGGAGCGAUUUCUGGAGCAAUGCAUUUUCAAGUACCUUCGUGCGGAACCGGAAGAUCACCACUUUCUGCUAACAGAGCCCCCACUGAAUACACCCGAAAACCGUGAAUACACUGCCGAAAUCAUGUUCGAAACGUUUAACGUACCGGGGCUGUAUAUUGCGGUUCAAGCCGUACUAGCGCUGGCUGCCAGCUGGGCAUCUCGUCCAGUCGAGGAGCGUACGCUAACCGGCAUUGUGGUGGACAGUGGCGAUGGUGUGACGCACGUUAUCCCGGUGGCGGAAGGGUACGUCAUCGGGUCCUGUAUCAAGCACAUUCCUAUUGCUGGUCGCAACAUUACCUCGUUCAUUCAGAGCUUGCUGCGUGAGCGUGAGGUAGGCAUUCCGCCCGAGCAGAGUUUGGAGACGGCCAAAGCUAUCAAGGAGCGGUACAGCUACAUCUGUCCGGACAUUGCGAAAGAGUUCGCAAAGUAUGACGCCGAGCCGACAAAGUGGAUGCGCCAUUACGAGGGCAUUAAUGCGAUUACGAAGCAACCGUUCGGUGUGGACGUUGGGUACGAACGUUUCCUGGGACCAGAAAUUUUCUUCCACCCGGAAUUUUCGAACCCCGAUUUUACGACCCCACUGUCGGAGAUUGUAGACACGGUUAUACAAAACUGUCCGAUCGAUGUGCGAAGACCGCUGUACAACAAUAUUGUGCUGAGCGGUGGAUCUACCAUGUUUCGUGAUUUUGGACGACGGCUGCAGCGCGAUAUUAAGCGAAGUGUUGAUGCUCGGUUGAGAAUUAGUGAAAAUCUUAGCGAAGGACGAAUCAAGCCAAAACCAAUUGAUGUAUCGGUAAUAUCCCAUCAUAUGCAGCGAUACGCCGUUUGGUUCGGUGGCAGUAUGCUAGCUUCUACGCCUGAAUUUUAUCAAGUAUGUCACACGAAAGCUGCCUACGAAGAGUACGGGCCCGGUAUUUGCCGCCACAAUCCAGUGUUCGGAACCAUGACAUAAGAGAAA